AUGCACGUCGAGAGCUACAAGAAUUAUCUCGCAAAUGGGGUACCUCCAAUCCAGGCUGGCUCAGAUGACUCGUUCGCCCUCUACGAUCUCCGUGUAGAGGUCAUCUGCCCACUCGGCAAGCGCAUCAUGUGCGGAGCGAAGGAGGGAGACUACUUCACCCUCGAGGGAGAGAUGCUGAAACUCCCGCCGGGCCAGGGAAUCUCUAUUUACUCGCUAGGAUCCGUGCUCCCUCUACUGGCGGCGAAACAGCGAGUCACAUCGUCGAAUGACUGGAUGUCCACGGAUGCGGAGAUAGCCUGUCCUGAUCCCCAUUGCCCGAGCAGGUUACGGAUCAUCCGGACGGGGAUGCGCACUUUCAGACAUGGAGAUGUUACAGUUGUGCCUCUCCCAUGCGAAGGGACUGCAACAGCAAUGGAAAAAUCUGCCCCACGUCUCGAUGUGUCAUCCGAACCCCCGUUACGAAAUGAUGAUACAAAACAGCUGAUCGCCAUGCCAUCUCCGUAG